UUACAAUGCUCGAUUAUUAUUUGUUAUGAUGUGUACACAUGCGUGAUUUUUUAUUUAUUCGAUAUUAGUACAUACGUCGUGCUCGGUCCUGAUGAGAUUAAUCGUUAUUUUAACGUUUUAUGUUGAUAAAUUCUUUCAGAGUUGUCAUAGCGACAGAUGUUUUAGACUGAGUCUGUCGAAAUUGUAUUAUUGCCAUACGUUGUCCGAUGGCUCUAAGUCACACGAACAUGCUGAUUAAAAAUAGUAUGAUCGCCGGCCGUCUUUUACUACGUGCCUUUUCGCCUCCUCGCGUCUCUCGUCUCGGUUUGCGAUACGUUCUGACGAAAUCCGCGACGAAUCUGCUCAAGAAAGAUCUCGAGAACUGCACGAAGUCAAGAAUACGUCCAUUGUGUGGACAGCCUCACUUCUGGCGGUUUCAUGAGACGUUAGCGGUACCUAUGUCGCUUUUCUGCCAUAAUCGCGCGCGACUUGUCUCACGUCUUCAAGCGAAGGGCGAAGUUACAGCCGCAGGCACUUUUGUCGUCCUUCAAGGUGGUGUGGAUGUUCCUUUCAACGACACGGACACAAACUGGCCCUUCAGACAGGAGUCGUUCUUCCAAUGGUGUUUCGGGGUGGAGGAGCCAGGAUGUUACGGUGCUCUUGACGUGGGCACGGGUGCGUCGAUCCUCUUCGUACCGAGGUUACCGCCCGAAUACGCGAUUUGGGAGGGCAAGCUGCAUACCCUGGACGACUUCAAGGAGCGAUACAGUGUGAACGAAGCCCACUACACCGACGAGAUCGCGCGCGUGCUGAAGGAGAAGCGAGCGCGCCUUUUGCUCACGCUGAACGGCAGAAACAGCGAUAGCGGAUUGCUGUCACGCGAGGCGAUCUUCGACGGCAUCAGCGAGUUCAAGGUGGACAAUAGCAUCUUGUAUCCGGAAAUAUGCGAGUGCCGGGUGAUAAAGUCUCGCGAGGAGAUCGAGGUGCUGCGGUACGUGUGCAUGAUAAGCUCGGAGGCGCACAAGGCCGUGAUGCGCUCGGUGCGACCCGAGAUGGCGGAGUACAAGGCGGAAGCCUGCUUCCAGAACUACGUAUACAACAUGGGAGGAUGCAGGCACGUGUCCUAUACGUGCAUCUGCGGGUCCGGGCAUAAUUCCUCCAUAUUGCACUACGGUCACGCCGGUGCUCCGAAUGACAAGGUCAUAAUGGAUGGAGACAUGUGUCUCUUUGACAUGGGCGGUAACUAUUGCGGAUACGCGGCCGAUAUCACGUGCAGCUUUCCGGCGAACGGCAAAUUCACUGAGGAUCAGAAGUUUAUCUACAACGCGGUGCUGAAGGCGCGGGACGCGGUACUCGCGGCUGCAAAGCCGGGAGUCACCUGGACGGACAUGCACCUGCUGGCAAACCGGGUCAUGUUGACGUCAUUGAAGGAAGGUGGACUGUUGGUGGGCGAUGUCGAGGGCAUGAUAAGAGCAGGCUUGAACGAGGUAUUCCAGCCUCACGGACUGGGCCAUUUGCUGGGAUUGGACGUGCAUGACGUCGGCGGGUACUUGCCAGGUCAUCCUGAACGCUCGAAAGAGGCGGGGUUGAGGAAGCUGAGGACCGCGCGAACUUUGCUCGCCGGAAUGGCGCUCACGGUGGAACCGGGCUGUUACUUUAUCGAUUGCUUAUUGGACGCAGCGCUGGUCAGUCCUAAGCAGUCGAAAUUCAUCGUGCGCGAACAGUUGCAGAGGUUCCGCGGCUUUGGCGGCGUCAGGAUUGAAGACGAUGUUCUCAUAACGGAGGACGGAGUUGAAAAUCUGACGAACGUUCCACGCACGGUCGAGGAAAUAGAGAAGUUUAUGGCGGGAGCAAAGAAUGCAAAAGUAAAUUGAAUUACAUAUUCACUUAUUAAUAUUAACGUAUACAUAUUAAUACGUGAUAAACUUUAUGAUCAAAGGCUGCACAAGUUCAAUUGUGAUAUUAAGUACUACAUAUAUAUAUUCAUACUAUUUCUUACUAAAAAGAUAAAAAAGUAAACAUAUAUUUCUACUGAUUGCUACUUGUAUAUAAAUAUAUCGAAUAAAAUAAAACAUGAAGAAA